GCGCGCACUCAGCACCACCAUCACCCCACGGCGUCACACAGGCACUCACACACGCGCGCGCGCACACACAACUACACGCGUUUUUGUGUUUUACGAGAACGUAUUUUAACACUUGGGUCCGUGAACUGCUCCGACAUCGUCCAUUUUACACUGGUCGUCCAAUGCACUCGUACACUAUCUACUAUUGCCUAUAACAUUGCCGUAAACGCCUGUACUAUACACCACUGGUUUACAUUGGACUUGCUCGCUAGUCGCUACACCGACUUUGGUUUUUGCCCACACCGGUUUACAGUACACCUAUACCGUUGGUACCAGAAAACGUAAUAUUUCUUGUACCACCGUGCGUCCAAUCGUCAGAUUCAUCUCACGAUAUUAUUUCAUUUUUAUCUAAACACGUCCACGAACGAUAUAAACGACCGUCAUAAUGAGGGGCGAAAUUCUCGAAGAAAUGCCCGAAUCAGUCAUGGAAUACUUCUGUGAACAAGUAUUGAAACGCGAUUGGCCGAACUGUAUUCACGCAUAUUAUUUCAUUAAAAAUGCGUUUCAAUGGAUGCGUAAAAAUUCGGCUUCGAGCUAUAAAUUAUACUAUAUUUCUAACGACGUUGAAAAUGGAACAUUUAUUGGGAUUUUAUCAAGACCUGAAGAAGAAUAUCCGGACGUCGUAGUUACAUACACUUCCCCAGGAAACGAAGAACAAUUCCGAAGGACGCUGUUUAGUACUGAGUACAUCAAUUGGCAGAAGAAACCGCUGUUCCAAGCUAUACCGUUCAGGAUGAAGGCCAUCGUGGAAACAAUGAUUGAAGAAAAGGGAUUGAGGAGUAAACUGUACUCAAAUGCUGUACUUAAGUGGAUGCCAGCCGAUGUAGCUGCCAGAUUAGAUUAUGAAAUUCCAGAAGAUGUAUUUAUUGACCAAUUGAGCGUGGAUCAUAUAGACUUUAUUUAUUCACUAUGGACACAUAGUGACGUUUACCCCAAAUCUGACCUUUGGGACACAGUAAGACUUAACAUUGGCUUAGGUGUAUUCAGCCGGCAUAAUGGUGAGCUAUUGGCAUGGGCCAUGUGUGGAAGUUACGGAGGUCUAAGUACUUUGAUAGUUCAGCCAGAUUAUAGAAAACGUGGAUUUGGUAAGCUGAUUGUGUUGGCAGUAACCAAGGUAAUGGGCGAGAACGGCGUCUCUCCUCAUGCACUUAUUAAUGAAAAGAACAAAGUGUCGUUGGGUUUGUUCAAGAACGUUGGUUAUAUUAAACAUUCAACGCCAUUACCAUACGUAGUAGUCGAAGACCCGGAUACUUCUGGGCCAUAAAUGCCACGGGAUAAUUACCCUGGCAUUUAACUCAACAAUUGGAUUCAAAAAUUUAUAUUAUUCAUUUUAAUGAAAUGUUCGAAUUCCGCAAAGCAAGAUGAGACCAUAGCGGAAACAAAACAAUGACGACUUACAUAGAAACUGCUAAAAAUAAAAAACAAAAUAAAGAAUAAUGAAAAUUGGAUUUGUUUUUUUGAUUUUUUUUUCUUUUUUAAUUAUAAUUUAAUUUAUUAUUAAAACUGUAAAUAUCCUAUGUAUGGAUAUAUCUAAUAAAUUAGGAAUAAAUACAAUUUAAAAUUGUUAAAUGCUAUCCUUGCAGGUGUUUCGUGGAAAAUAUUCAAAACAAAAAUAUUUGUACUUAAUCAUUAUUUUUUAGACUAUUAAUAGAAUGUAUCUAAAGUAUA